AUGUCUAGUGAACGUUAUCGUGAAAACAGUUUGAAAAGCGUUUCGUUGAAUAGAGAAAUCACGACUGAACCCAAACUUAUUUUAUUAUAUACAACCGUUUUCGGCAAUGGUAAAUAUUGUAGUUGGUCAUCAGAACAAAUAUUUGGUGUUACAUGUCCAUAUCAAUGUAUUUGGUCGUGCAAACGUCGAGAACAUUUUUCAACAGCAGAUGCCAUUAUAUUUCAUGCUUAUGAUAUCGAAACUUUACAUCAGAGUGUACCAGAUCGACAAAACAUAAAGAAAAAUGCGGUCUUCAUUUUGUGGAGUGAUGAACCGGCGACAAUGAUUAAUUAUAAACAAUUUAAUAAAUAUCAUUUUAAUUGGACAAUAAGUUAUAAAUUAGAUAGUGAAGUGUCUAUAGCCAGUUAUGGUGUAUAUAGUGCUUUAGAGAAGAAAUCAAACAAAGUAAAUAAAUGGAUUUAUAAUCAGUUUCAUCAACGUCAAACAUCAGCUCUUUGGUUUGUCAGUAAUUGUGAUGCUAUUCAACGAUUAACAUUGUAUAAUAAAUUAAAGAAAAUAUUUCCAAUUAACGGUUAUGGUCGAUGUGUUGACUAUUAUCCGACACAUUGGUGUAAACCAUAUACACCAUGUGAAAAAAAUUAUAUGAUUAAAUAUAAAUAUUAUUUAAGUUUUGAAAGUAAUACGUGUUCAAGUUAUGUGACAGAGAAAUUUUGGAGAGCACUCUAUUUUGGUUUAAUACCGAUUGUCUAUGGUCCUAAAAAAGAAGAUUAUAUUAACAUUGCUCCACCAUCAUCAUUUAUUCAUGUUGAUGAGUUUCAUUCGCUUAAUGAUUUAAGUAAAUAUUUAUAUCAAGUUGGUAAUAAUCACACAUUGUAUGCGAGUUAUCAUCAAUGGCGAGCAAAAUAUUCAAUAAUUAUUGAUGGAAAAGCAUUAGAUCAGAUUAGAAUGUGUGAAUUAUGUAAACGUCUAAUGGAACAAAAAUCACAAACGAGAUACUAUAAUAACAUUUUUGAAUAUUUCAAUGAGGGUUGUGAAAAAUAA